GUAGCGGUGCGACACCCACAUGAUAUUCCACUGCAGAUACUCGCUGGGCCUGGAAGUGGAAAGACGAAGAAGGUUCUCACCUCUAGGAUUGCAUACCUGAUCCUUCACGAGCAUGUCCAGCCAUCAUCCAUAUGCGCCGUCACGUUCACAAACAAGGCAGCUCGCGAGAUGAAAGAACGACUCACCAAAGUGAUCGGAAAAGCGAAGGUCGACGAGGUCAAGAUGGGGACGUUUCAUGCUCUCUGCGCUUUGUUUCUCAGGCGUUAUCCAACACGCGUGGGCAUCAAAAGUAACUUUACCGUGUGUGACGCGGACGAAAGUAAGAAGAUCCUGAAGAAAUUGCUGGGCUCAUACAAGGAUUACCUAGAAGAAAGGAACAUCACUCUAGAUGUGCGCAGUGUCACUUCUAUAAUAUCUAAGGCGAAAUCUCGAGGCGAGAGCUGGCGAGCCCUUGCUGUCCGAUCGACCUCCACUAUCGAAUUAGCGAGUCAGACCGGCCACGAUCUCAACCGAAUUAUUGCAGAACUAUAUGAAGCCUACGAGAAGUAUCUCAGAGAGAAUAACAGCUUGGACUUCGAUGACCUUCUGGUUUAUGGCGUCGAGCUCUUCUCUCGGAAUAAAGAAGUAAUUGCCUGGUGUACCCAUGUACUCGUGGACGAGUUCCAAGACACAAACACGCUGCAAUACGAGCUUAUGCGGCAUAUCGCGUCCGUCUCUAGAUGUGUCACCAUCGUUGGGGACCCGGAUCAAUCUAUCUAUGGCUGGCGCUCGGCGGAAGUUGCCAAUCUUGCGAAGAUGAGAAUAGAUUUCCCUUCUACAGUGCAAAUACUUCUAGAAGAGAACUAUCGUUCAACGGCGUCAAUCCUACGAGCAUGUAUGUCUAUCGUUGCUCAAGACCAUUCACGAAUACAGAAGACGCUCCAUACGUCACAUCCCGAUGGCUGUUGCCCUGUCUUGCAAUGCUUCCCUUCGGAGCAGGACGAGGCUGCAUGCAUAGCCCGAGAAAUCAAGCGAUUAUCCGCCUCCUCCGGAGGGAUGCUCGGCUGGGAAGAUUUCGUUAUCUUGCUACGCAUGAAUUCACUGUCCCGGAGUCUUGAGAGUGCCCUCAGAAAAGAGGGGAUACCUUGUAGGGUCCUGAAGGGUCAGAAGUUCUUCGAGCGCCUGGAGAUCAAAGACUUGCUGGCGUACCUGCAGGUCGUCGAUAAUCCCGAUUUUGUCCCGGCAUUCGAGAGAGUCAUUAAUGUACCGCCGAGGGGAAUCGGCGAUAAGACACUCGGAGAAAUACUACGAACCGCUCAGGGUCGUCGCCUAUCGCCUGUAGCUCUUGUUGAGCAUAUCUACGAUUCUAAAAUACCGGACAUCAAGCCAUCCAUCAAACGCAAGGUUGGUUCCUUUGUACGCACGGUUCGUGAAUUACGUCUGGCAGCCCAAAGGAUGCCCGCCGAUAUAAUCCGAAAGUUGAUAUCUCUCACUGAGUACGAAGACCAUUUGAAGAAAACGCAGCCGGAUUCCGACGCCCGAUGGGAGAACGUGAUGGAACUAAUGAGUUUCGCCAGCGAAGCCGCUCAAUUCGACGCGGACGGGUUAAUAGAGCUGAAGCACUCCGCGGCUGAAGGCCCUGGCAAUCGAGAGGCCCUAUCCGAGAGUAACCCUCUCCGGCUCUUCCUCCAAGCUUCGCAGCUCUCUGGUGACUCUGGUGACGGAGGAGAAGGGGGCGAGAAGGAGAAAGUCACAAUUUCGACGUGCCACUCUGCGAAAGGGUUGGAGUGGCCAGUCGUAUUCAUCCCAGCCGUUGAGGAAGGGACGUUCCCCUUCGCUCUAUCAGAGGAUCUGAACGAAGAACGACGUCUGCUUUACGUGGCGUGUACCCGCGCGCAAAACUUGCUAUACCUUUCACAUUGCAACAAGCGUCUGGUAGCCGGCAGACAAAUAGACAGGAAGCUAUCGGCCUUUGUGGCAUCGGUAAUCGAAGAAGCCCCCGUACGUCUUCCCGGCACUUGA